GCACGUGUUCUGGAAAAAUACCAGUUUAUUUUUUCUUCUUUGAAAAUGGUUCAUGACAACUUGCGUUCAUUUAUGUUGCUAGAGAUGAUUUCAACUGAAAACUGCUUCUUAUGAGCUGCUGUUUAAGAGGGUCAAGAUGGAUAGCACAGAUGAACCUCAGAAAAAAGUCUUCAAAGCACGAAAAACGAUGAGAGCAAGUGAUCGUCAACAACUUGAGGCUGUCUAUAAGGCUAAGGAAGACCUGUUGAAGACAGUUGAAGUUAAACUGUUAAAUGGAAAGUACGAGAACGGCGAUUCUGAUUUAAAUUCUCCUUUAAGCAAUACAGACUGUACGGAGGACAAGAGGGAAGUUAAUGGCCUAGUGGAUUCUAAUGAAGUUAGUGAAAUCAAAAGACCUGAAAGUAGGGCAGAAAUUAUAGUCAGUGACCUAGAACCUAAACCUCUCUCUCCAGAGAAUAUUACUCGUGAACAAGAUAUUGAUAUUGCAUUAGUUUGUGAGGCUGAAAACAGAGUGCUUGGUAGCAAUAAAGUUAACUUCCAUGAAGAAAAUAACAUAAAAGAUCAUUUGGACCAAAGAGAGAGUGACACUUCAUCAGAAGGUGACAGUAAAUCAAACUGUGAUAAUAGCUCCUCAUCUGAAGAGAAAGGAAAAACAAAUGACUUAACUAUUAUUUCUAGUUCACCUGUUGAAGACAAGAAGAAGGCUGGAGAAGUAAUUGUUGAAGAUUCUGUUGGGGAAGAGGCUAUCUCUAGCAGUAUGGAAACUGAUCAGGAAGCGAAAAAUCACGGAGAUGGCACUGCAGGUCUUUCAGAAACCGUAGCUGAGAAGGCAGUAGAUGAGUCAACUGAAAGUAUCGUGGAGAAUACUGACUCUAUGGAAGCAGAUGAAAUUAUUCCAAUUUUGGAAAAACUAGCUCCUGCUGAAGAGGAGAUGAGCUGUUUUUCUAAAAGUUCUUUGCUGCCAGUGGAUGACACAGCCCCAGAUUUAGAAGAGAAGAUGGACAACUGUUUGGGUUCUCCACUGAAGCAGGAAAGCAAUGAAAGUCUGCCAAAAGAGGCUUUCUUAGUGCUGUCUGAUGAAGAGGAUCCUUGCGAUGAGAGGGAGCAUGCUGAAGUGGUACUACCAAACAAGUCAGGUCUUCCAGAAGAGGUGGGAAAAAGUGAGGAAAAGGACAAAGAAAGAGAAGUGGUCCACAAAGAAGAAGAAAAACUCACAGACAGAGGUGAAGUAUCAAGAAGAAAGCGUUCAAAAUCUGAGGACAUGGACAGUGUGCAUUCUAAACGGCGUCGAUAUGUUGGAGAGGAAGAUUAUGAAGCAGAAUUCCAAGUGAAAAUUACAGCCAGAAGAGAUGUUGACCAAAAGUUAGAAAAGGUUAUCCAGAGAGUGUUAGAAGAAAAACUUGCUGCUUUACAGUGUGCUGUAUUUGACAAGACUCUGGCAGACUUGAAAAUGCGGAUAGAGAAAGUAGAAUGUAACAAGAGGCAUAAAACUGUGCUUACUGAACUACAGGCUAAAAUCUCUCGAUUGACAAAACGGUUUGGAGCUGCCAAGGAGGAUAUGAAGAAAAAACAGGAAAAUACACCAAACCCAUCUUUGUCCUCAGGAAAAGCAGCAAGUAGCACUGCGAAUGCAAACAAUCUGACAUACCGAAAUAUUACCACGGUGAGGCAGAUGCUGGAAUCAAAGAGGAAUGUAGGAGAUAGUAAACCAGCAACUCUUCAAGCCCCUGUGAAUGCAGCACCAGCUUCAAGUCUUGCUGCUCCUCAGACACCUGCCAGUGGACAUCCUAAGCCUCAGACUCCUGUGACCUCUAGCCCUUUGACAACAGCAGUUAUUUCGACGGCUAACACGGCUACAGUUGUAGGCACAAGCCAAGUGCCCAGUGGCAGCACUCAGCCAAUGUCUGUUUCAUUGCAGUCUUUGCCUGUAAUCUUGCACGUGCCUGUUGCAGUGUCAUCCCAGCCUCAGCUCCUUCAAGGCCACGCAGGAACUUUGGUCACUAACCAGCAGUCAGGCAGCGUUGAAUUUAUAUCUGUACAGAGCUCAUCUACAGUUGGUAGCCUUACCAAAAAUGCAGUAUCUUUGGCAUCUACUAACACAACUAAACCAAAUAACAGCCUGUCUGUGUCCAGUCCUAGUGUUCAGAGAAACUCUCCAGCCAGUGCUGGGUCUGUACGGACAACAUUAGCUGUACAAGCAGUCUCAACUACACAUCCUGUUGCACAAACCACAAGGACUUCUUUGCCCACAGUGGGUACUUCAGGACUUAAUAAUUCUACCAGCAAUCGAGGUCCCAUACAUAUGAAGAUUCCCCUCUCCGCAUUUAAUAGUACCGCUCCUGCCGAACCAUCUACCGUUACAGCGCCCAGAGUUGAAAACCAGACAAGCAGGCCACCAGCAGAUUCUUCAGCGAACAAGAGAACAGCUGAGGGAACAACACAGAGCGGGAAGGUCACAGGAAGCGAUUCAGAAGGUGUCAUUGACCUUACACUGGAUGAUGAGGAUGAUGUCUCUUCUCAAGCAGAGGCCAAGAAGCAGAAUCAGACACCUCCUACAGCACAGAGCAUCCCUGCCCAGCCUUUGUCUCGCCCCCUACCACCUUUGCAGCCAAACCCUCUGCAGCAAACAGGCGUGCCAACAAGUGGGCCUUCCCAGACCACUAUACAUGUAUUACCUACAGCUCCGACAACAGUGAAUGUAACUCAUCGACCAGUGACUCAAACAGCUGCAAAACUUCCUAUACCACGAACCCCAACUAACCAUCAGGUGGUCUAUACCACUAUUCCCGCACCACCAGCUCAGAAUUCUGUAAGAGGAGCUGUCAUGCCAAGUCCAAGUUUAAGGCCAGUCAACCCACAGGCUGGAGGCAUGACAGUACGAAUGCCUCAAACAACUGCAUAUGUUGUGAACAAUGGACUCACUCUCGGAUCUGGAGCACCUCAGCUUACAGUGCAUCAUCGACCACCACAAGUGCAUGCAGAGCCACCACGCCCUGUACAUCCUGCCCCGCUCCCAGAGGCACCACAGCCACCACGCCUGCCCCCUGAAGCUGCCAACACUUCUCUGCCUCAAAAACCACAGCUGAAGCUGGCACGGGUACAGAGCCAGAACGGUAUUGUGCUGUCUUGGAGUGUCGUAGAAGUGGACCGGAGUUGUGCCAGUGUGGACAGUUACCAUCUCUACGCAUACCACGAGGACCCGAGUGCUACUAUGCCUUCCCAGUGGAAGAAGAUAGGGGAGGUGAAGGCCCUUCCACUACCUAUGGCAUGCACUCUUACUCAGUUUGUGUCUGGCAGCAAAUACUACUUCGCAGUCCGAGCUAAGGACAUUUAUGGCCGCUUCGGACCAUUCUGUGACCCCCAGUCUACAGAUGUGAUCUCCUCCCAGAGCAGUUAAACUGGAGUUCUUUGGAGCCUUUAAACGCAUCCUACUUCAAAGGGUUACCCUGGUUUUGAGCGGGUUGAUCCCAUGCAUGAAGUUCACUUUUAAAUCCACUCUCUGCAGGAUUAAUUUAGACAGCUGUGCGAUACACUACAUACAUUCAGAACCAAAAGAAAAAUAAAGUCUCACUUCCAGCAAGAGAACCUGUUUUUCUGGAUAGGUCAAGUCAUGGGCCAUUCAAAAAUUUCAUUUUCCUUCUCAUGGCAGCUGUUCCACCUAGACAUCUACCUACUCUUUAUUCAAGGGCACGUUGGAUGCCUGGGAUUCUGCUUCAGAGUGGGAGCAAAAAUAAAAAUUGCAGUUUUUUUCUGAAGCUGAACUACAUCUGUAGUGCCUAUUAGGGCACUAACAUGAAGGGAAGAACAGAUUUGCCUCUUGUACCUAGCUCUCUCUGAGCAGGCUGUGAUACGAAAGGUGAAUCAAGGUCUUGUGUGCUGGAAGAUUGAGUGAUCUGUUCUUAAAUUACCAACAGUAAUCAGCUGUCUGAGGAGAGGGAAGGGAACUUUAGUCUGGCCAAGGAACCAAUGCCUGUGAAUUUGGAGGUGGUGUAGUGGGGAAAAGAAAUAAAUCACCCCACUACUUCCUACCUCUCCUAAAUAAGAGCUCUCCUCUACUGUCACCGUCCACCUCCAUUCACACUUGGAGCAUUCCUAGGACAGAUCUGAAACUGGAUUAUAGAAAUCACAUUCACCCCUCUCUAGCUCAAAUAAUUUUUCUGCCUUUCCCCUUAUACAUCCAGCCCUGAUUUUUAGAUUUAUUUUGUGCCUUAAACAGUAAUUUCAGAAAUAAAUGUAGCCAGAUA